AUGGUGUUGAGCCCGGCUUUUGCGGAGAGUUUCAAGCGAGAGACAUGGGCUUUGUACAGUAUUGGAAUUCUAGGAGCCGUGCUUCGAUUUGUUGCAAGAAUUCGACGACUCGGCAUACGAAACCUCCAGACGGAUGAUUACUUGAUGUGUUUCGGUGUGGUGUGGUACACGAUCUUAUGUGUCGCCCUCAAUGAGGUCGCAUCCGGAGGAGGAUCGAAUUUGAUGACGCCCCAGGAUAUUGCGGCCUUGACGCCAGCAAUCCACGCAGAGAGAGUGCGAGGGAGUAAAUGGGUGUUCGUCUCCGAGCACGCCUUUAUCCUGACCAUCUGGAGUUUUAAGGCCUGCAUGCUUGUGAUCUAUGCCCGCAUCACAGAUGGACUCCGGCAAAAACGUCUGGUCAAUUAUUGUGCUAUCUACGUCGGCCUCGGGUUCGUCGGCACUGAGCUCGGCUUGUUCCUCACCUGCCUUCCGCUGUCCAACUACUGGGCUGUUCCAACUCCGAAUCCGCAAUGCUCCACUUAUCAACACUAUGAGAUCAUCCAGGCCUGUUUCGCGAUUACGGCCGAUAUCUUCAUGUUGCUCGUCUCAAUUCCGCUCAUUCUCAAGAUCCGCGUUCCUCUGAAGCAGAAAUUGAUAUUAGUUCUUCUGUUCGGCAUGGGGAUCUUCGUCAUCGUGGCCGCCGUGUUGACCAAGAUUUACUGUCUCGUCCCGAGUCUGAUUUCAUACAUCUACAUGAACUGGUACUUCCGAGAGGCGACCGUUGCCAUUCUGGUCACCAACCUGCCGCUGGUCUGGUCGCUCCUCCGCGACGUCUUCCCCGGUCUGAAGAGCUGGACGGGCGGUUCGAAAAAGACGUCUGAUCGGUACCAUACAUACGGUGCCUGGAGUACUAAAGGGACCGGCCCUCGUAGUCAAUACGGGCCAGGGAGCCGAGUGCGAUCCACCUACGAUAUGCAGGACUUGGAGCAGAUGCCUCAAAAGGAGUCGGGUUCCGUCAGUAUGCGUCAGAGUGAUGAACGCGGGGACAUGAGCAGCGACGAGGGUUCUGCUCGCGCCCUCCGCAUCCGACAAGAGAUUACAGUGACGGUGGAACAUGAUAACCGAGAGUCGGGGGUGCCUUCACAACUGUGGGUAUCGGAGGGGCACGCCACGCCUCGAUCCAAGACGCCUUAG